UGGAAUUUUUCCAUUCACUCAUCAGAUCAGGGACAGCAAGAGAGAGGGGUCCGCUGCACUUGUAUCAUCCUCCGAUCCAUCUCUUCCCUCCCCUCCAAACUCCGGCGAUCCAUCUCUCGCGUCCGUCGCAGUUCACUCUCGCCGCCGGAAGUCCCUUCCGCUGCCCUCCAAAGUCCGGCGAUCCCUUCACUCUAGAUCCAUCAGUCCCUUCGCCGCGGGAAGCCACCAUGACGCCGGACACCAUCCGCACGGCCAUCGGGGUGAUAGGCAAUGUAACUGCCGUGAUGCUCUUUCUAUCCCCAGUGCCGACGUUCUACGGCAUCUGGAAGAAUAAGACGGUGGAGGAGUACUCGGCCGUGCCAUACCUCGCCACGCUUCUGAACUGCAUGAUGUGGCUGCUCUACGGCCUCCCGGCAGUGACGCCGCACAACAUGCUCAUCAUCACCAUCAACGUUAUCGGCAUAACCAUCGAGCUCCACUACAUCGCGCUAUUCCUCGCCUACUCCGUCGGUGCCGCCCGACGUCGGGUCCUCCUCAUCCUCGUCGCGGAGGUCGCCUUCGUCUCCGUUGUCGCCGCGCUAGUCCUCAACCUCACCCACACGCACACCCACAGGUCCAUGGUCGUCGGCAUCCUGUGCGUCUUCUUCGAGGCUGCCAUGUACGCCGCGCCGCUCUCCGUCAUGAAAAUGGUGAUCCAGACCAAGAGUGUGGAGUAUAUGCCCCUGUUUCUGUCCUUGGCCUCGCUCGCAUGUGGCAUCAGCUGGGCUGCCUACGCUCUCAUCAAGUUCGACCUCUACAUCACCAUUCCCAAUGUGUUGGGCGUCAUUUUCGCGGUGGGGCAGGUGAUCCUGUACGCCAUCUAUUACAAGUCGACCCAGCAGAUCCUCGAGGCCCACAAGGUCAAGGCCAGUCAGGUACCCAUGAUGGAGGUUGUCGUCGACGGGAAGAACGGGAGCGCCACGGCCUCAGGCGCUGGAAACGACAACUAGCUAGUAGAAGCAACAUUACGUAUGAACACGAUCUCCAAGUUGUAGAUCCCGAACUUGUGUUGUUGUAUUGAUUGGAUCCUCAAAAGGUAUAAAUAUACAUGUAAAACAGAUGAGCGAGA